UGUGUCAAAAAUUAUUUUGCGGCCAAACCAUCUGGCAUUGGUUCACAAUAUUCAUGUGCAGUGAGAUCGACAGUGAAUACAAGUAUUCAACCGAAUAUAACGACUCAAAAACUACCAGUGCUUCUAUCAGACGGCAAAGUAUUGAGACGUUAUGCCAAAUGGCAGAUGAAAGCAAACAACAGCAACACAUUCACUAUUAUUAUAACAUUGGCUGCAAAUGGAGAUACAAACAAAUGCGUUAUUUUCAUUGCAAUCCUAAACAUCAAAAUCAGACUAAUAAACUAAGGGAACCAUUGGACAGACGGUGCAAAACAAUAUCAUCGAAACUUCCCUAUGAUAUCAAUAAUAAUAAUGUUAUUAAGCAAUCACAUAAUGACAAUGAAUUUAUCUGUGAUUAUCAUAGUUGCGACAAAAUUUAUAAGUCAUGGUUUCAAUUGCAAAGACAUCGAUCUCAACACUAUAAAGUGCAAAAUAAACCAUAUCUGUGCGAUUGGAAAGGCUGCUCAAAUCAAUUUAAAAAAUUGAAAAAUCUAAUUAUACACCGUAGACUACAUACAGGCGAACGUCCAUUUAAAUGUGAUUAUGAAAAUUGCAAUAAAGGCUUCAGAGCUGCCCAUAGUUUAUCAUCUCAUAGGAGAACACAUAAUGAAAAUUAUGACAAAACUUGCAAAUUGACGGAUAAAACUAGUGAUGACAACAUGUUUGUCGAUGAAAAGCUUGAGAUCGACUAAAAUAAUCAAUUUUUUUUUAUUUAUAUCUAUAAUCAAAUUAAUUUAUAAUAUAU